GGGACGCGUCGCCGCAAUAGCAGUCCUCGCUAUCAUUAUAGACAGUGAAUUUAAAGUGCUCCUCACGGUUAUUGUACACAGAGCACUUAUUUGCAAAUUUGGCGCCGUGCUGGAGAGGGGACAUGAUGACAAACACGGUGCGCACUGUAAGAAAUUGAUCCAAAAAAAAAGAAUAAAGGGACGCGGGUUCCGGAGCGUCGCCGGCUGUUCUGCUCGUCCGCCGACCUCUCCCCGCAGAUGUAGUUAUCGCUGCGCUGUCAGCAGCUCGUGGGAGCGAAGGGCGCGCGCGCACGCCGAGAUGUCGGCGGGGAGCCCGACGCCCCCGUCGCGCGACUCUUUCUGUGUCGCGCGUCCUGAACGAGGGGACCAGGGCUCCGCUUGGUCUGGAACCGGGACCGGGGCCGACACGGACACGGACCCCGACUCCGACGUGGACAUGGACAUGUUCUGCUGUCACCGUGUCCAGGAUUCUCUUCUGAGCUCUGAUAGCCGCUUCACAGACUACAGAGGGAUCCUCAACUGGAUCAUCAUUCUGCUGGUACUGACUCACGCUCAUCUCUUCCUUGAAAACUUCAUUCAGCAUGGCUUCUUGAUUGACAUUUGGAAAGUUCUGGAAUAUGUGACAAAGGACAGCUAUAAUUGGUCCUCUGUCUACUUGAUCCUGGCUUCCAACAUGUUUCCUAUCAUCGCCCUGCUGCUGGAGAGGUGUCAGGACAAGGGAAGAGUUUCACCAGGCAUGGGUCAUUGCCUGCAUUUGUUGAACCUGGUGCUGUUGAUGCUUUUCCCUAGUGCUGUCAUCCUGCACCAUGACAAGUCUAUCUCUGCAGGUGGUGCCCUACUCAUCCUCUGCACCUACAUCACCUUAGGACUUAAGCUUUACUCCUAUCAGGACGCUAAACGCUGGUACCGACAGGAACGAGGGAAGAAGGCAAAAGUGGUUCGUCUUAGUCUGAGGGGUGCGUGCAAAGACCUCUAUUACUUCCUCCUGGCUCCCACACUGUGUUACCAGUGGGACUUUCCUCGGACCUCUAGCAUCCGCAUCAACUUCCUACUGCAGAGGGUUCUGGAGAUGGUGAUGCUCACACAGCUGAUGGUUGGAAUUGUGCAGCAGUGGAUCGGUCCCAUCUUCCAGAGGUCAGCGAGUCCUUUCUCAAACAUGGAUGUUACUACAAGGAUUGAGCACAUGGUGGAGCUGGUGGCCCCCAGCCACUUUCUGUGGCUCAUCCUAUUCUUCCUGUUUUCUCAUUCUUGGCUCAACUUCAGCGGUGAGCUGCUGUGUUUUGGUGAUCGCCACUUCUACGGGGAUUGGUGGAACGCUGAGACACUAAGAAGUUUCUGGAGGAAGUGGAGUGUUCCAUUUCACAAAUGGACAUAUAGACACCUGUACAGACCAUUGAUGAAGAAGAAAGUGGCUCCACAACAAGCAGAGGUGCUCAUCUUCCUACUGUCUGCAGCCGUGUUUGAGUAUGUCUUUGCUAUGUCCCUGCGAACCUGCCGCUUCUGGAUCUUUUCCAUCAUGAUAUUGGAGCUUCUAGUGGCUGUAUUUCUUGGACACUACUUCACUGGUAACUACGGCAAUGGACUAGUGUGGCUCUGUCUCCUGCUGGGCCCUCCACUGGCUGUGAUGUGCUACUUCCAUGACUAUUACAUGAGCCACCAUGGGCAGCCCCCUUGGACCCUCUACUGACCAUUUAGGAUCGGAAUUACGGUGGAUAUUCCACUACAGGAGCCUUGACUCUACAAAUGAACAGGUCUGUGAGGCAUGACCCAAGCAAAGCACACUGGACUGCCACUUUCCCAACUCCAGCCUGCUUCUCACAGUGGUGUCCAUUCCCCAGCCUAAAUUUGAUGUCCUCUCCCCAGUCCAACACUAUCCUGAAGUUUCCUGAUAAUUACAUUUAUUCAUUUAGCAGACACUUUUCUCCAAACAACGUAUAUCUCAUCACUGCAGUUUUGUACACUACUGAGAUUGAUCAUUAUAGCCCCCUAUCCCAGCCCAGUGCAAUUACUAAAAAAAGACAAUAGGAAAUGUCACAUUUACUGUAAAUUUGAAAGUUAUCGAGUGUAACGGGCAAUGUUUGUGUUUUGUGUGAGAAUGGAUCCAUUUUACUUGAACAGAAAAAGUACUCUUACUCUGGUCUGCGUACUCACAAUUUCAACCCACAGAGGGCAUGUACUGUAUCUUGGAACGUCCAUGGGCAUGGACAACUCUUUUUAAAUAUCAUGCAACAUGCUCUUCGGAUAAUUAGAAGACUGAAGACCUUUUGAAUUUUGCGCUGCUGUCUUGCUUUUUACAUCUGCCAAGGUCAAAAUUAUCCUGUGGUGAAACAACUUCCACUCAAUUGUAAGUGGGUUUGCAGGUAUGA